AUGCUGAGCAGUCUUCCGGAAGAGUAUGAGCUGAUCUCCCUCAUUGUUGAAAACGCUAAAGACGCCACGCUUAUCGAGGUCAAGGAGAAGCUGCUGGGAGAAUUUGGACGACUGGAGAGGAAGGAAAGUCAAGAGCGUGCACUGAAGGUACCCAUUGAAGCAAGUUCAGAGGCUCGAAGAACGCAAAAGCUGCAAAGGGACAUAGUCAAAGGAGGUUUGAUUUAA